UUUGUACCAAUCAAAUUAUUUUGUAAUCCUUCAAAGAAUGGGCAAGAUAUGAACCGGACAAAUCCGGAUGCACAGAUGGUUGUCAAAAAACCUAUCAUGUGACAGAGGUGCAAAAUGUAACAGCACUAUACAGAGAAAUGAAAGCACUAAUAGUCUAGUAAAAAUAAAAUAUGACCCAGAACUAAUUGCAAAAGUUUUGAAUCUUUGUUCAUUGAAUAGGUCUGGUAUAUAUAUAUGUCAGAAAAAAAGUUGCACAUAUAACUCUGUGCACAACUUUUUUUACAAGCGUUCAAAGUUCACGAAUUUUAACUUUAUAUUUUAAGACCCGAACUGUACACCAUACACGCAGUUUUUUCCUAUGACGUAACAAUAUUACGUAGGCACGCGCGUCAUUGAAAACUUGUCAUAUGAUUUCGUGAAACUUCCGUCGAAAAAUAAAUAUCAUUUUUCAUCAACAAUAGCGUUUGGAUGGCAAAGGUAAGUUUGUUUUGUGUAUUUUACAUUUACUUUUAUCAUUUAUGCCUUUUUACUUUCACAAUAAGUGCCGUAGUUAAAUAUAACUACGAUUUUAUGCUAAAUAUUUUUGGAAAUAAACAGCAAACCAAGAUCACCGAUAAAUCUUAGGAAUUGAAUUUAUUCUGUUCCUAAAAUAAACGAAAUAUAUAUAUAUUUUUAAGAAGACGAUGUUAAUAAGACAUAUUUAAUAUGAAAACUUUGUAUUUUCGACAUUAUAUUGUUACUUUGAAAUGAACAGAUUUCACGAUUUUUUAAUCUACGGAAGACAAGACGGGACAUAAUUUACGUCGUGAAUAUGCAUCUUUUUAUUAUAACAAGGUAUUUUUAUUGUAUAUAAAACAAUAUUCAGAUUUAUAUAUAAAUUUAUAUUUAGAUAUAUAUUUUGCAUAACUUAACAUGUAAAUGUACAUAAAUAAAAUCAAUACUUAAUUUCAGAAAGGAAAUCCAUGAUUUACACACCAACGGUCCUAUGAUGAUAAUCCAAUGUUCAGCUCUCUCUUGUAUCAAGAUGAUACAUGCCACAUUACCAAACCAUGCUCAUGGAACGAACAAUGAUAUGAAGGGCGUUGAUUUUCGAAACCUGUUGUGCAUUUCUGAUUCCGGCAUCUACAAUUAGAUAUCAACAUGGCAAAGUCAACAGAUACUACGGCGUGUGUAUUUUGUGCACAGGAUAUCCAGAAUGGGUCCCAAAUUGUCACUCUCAGAGAGAAGGGAAGCAACAGUAUAAACCAUGCCAGCGAUCUGAGGAAUUCAAGUAUACGAACAAUUCCAGGCCAAAUUGUGCACCAAGACUGUAGACGGGAUUUUAUUCACAAUAGAAACAUUUCAAAUAGUUCCAAUGUUAAGUGUAACCAAGUUGAAAGGCCUUUAAGAUCAAAUGAUAACUUUGCUUUUAAGUUUAAUUGCUUAUUCUGUGGUAAGCUUGCUAAAGUUGCAUCUGGUAAACGUAGUUUAGAUGUUUAUCCUGUAAGAAGUUUUGAUUUUCAGGAAACAAUACAACUCAAAUGUUCUGAGAGAAACGAUUCGUGGGGAAAUGUUGUUUUAAACAGACUGUCGUCAGUUUUGGAUUUGCCAGCGGCUGAUGCAAUAUAUCACCAGACAUGUAACGUCAACUUCCGAACUGGAAAACAUAUUCCAAAACUGUUUAUGGAUGGUGAACCAUCAGUCAAAAAGAGUCCCGGAAGACCGGAAGACAAAGCUGUACAAGUCGCAUUUCAGAAAGUUGCAUGCUAUUUAGAGGAAAAUGUUGAUGUCCUUAUUCGUCUACAAGACCUCGUGCAGGUAAUGUCCAACAGCUGUGGGGAAAAGGCAUACUCUGGAAAGCAUUUAAAGAAGAAACUCAAAGAUCAUUUUCAAGACUCCUUGAUAAUUACUUCGUGUGAAGGAAAAGAUGACUUGAUAUCCUUAAAAGAAACAGCUUCAUCUAUUUUACAUACAUUUUACAAGACACAAAGAAGUGAAUCCGAAGAGGAACAGAAAAAUAUUAUAAUUGAAACGGCAGCAAAAUUGAUACAACGUGAAAUUUGCGAUGUUAAGGUUUCAAAGGAAUACUAUCCAUCCUUUGCUGAUGUAUCUUCAGUUGACAAAAACUUGAAUUAUGUCUCAGACAGUCUGCGGUUGUUGCUUCAACAUAUAUUUCCUGGAAAGGAUAUUGCUAUGAAAACGGCUGCUAUAGGACAAGCCAUAAUGCAAGCUUGCAGACCUAGAGCAUUGAUGUCACCUCUCCAAAUUGGCCUUGGAGUACAGCUUCACCAUCACUUUGCAUCAAGGUUUUUGAUUGAUACACUUUUCAACAUGGGGUUUUGUUCUUCGUAUCCCGAAGUCAUGAAAUUUCAAAUGAAUGCCGCUGCAACGCUCAAUACUGGCAUUGCUUCAUAUUUUCCAGGAAGAUUUUUACAGUUUUGUGCUGAUAAUGUUGACCAUAACAUAAGAACAUUAGAUGGGCAUGGAACAUUUCAUGGCAUGGGUAUAAUUGCUUGCACUGCUCCUGGAUCAAAUGUUAGUGUUCCAAUUCCAAGAAAAGAAGUUACCUACCAAGAAAUCACUGAUCUUGGAAGAAUUCAGAUUAAGUUCUUCCAUCAAUAUAAAUCUGAACAAAUGCAAAUGGUUCAAUUUGAAUCGCUGUCACAAAAAGAGGAAAUUAGCAUUUGUGGAGCUUUUGACACUUUUUCUAAAGUUAUUUAGCCAUUGAAACCAUCGAGACCUUCCUGGUCAGGAUGUAUGCAGUUGUACGAUACGAGCACAAGUUCAGUGUUUCCAGGGAAAUCAGGGAUAUCAUUUCUCCCAAUGAUCGAGUCCAAGUGAUUUGACUUGCAUUUAUUCCCCACUUUCCUUCAUAUGUGAUCUAUCUCGAAAGUAUGCUGUCACGCCAGUCCUUACGUUUGAUCAACCGCUAUUCCAGAAGGCAACACAUAUCCUCAACUCCAGUAGUCAUGACUUAGGUGGAAAUGUCGUAUUAAGAUUAGGAGCAUUCCAUACUGAGAUGAGUUUCUUGGGCACUACAUUGUAUUGGUAAUUUGAUGUCUGGUUCAGGAUUACAAGUCAUGAUGCAAAAUGUUUAUGCACCAAAUGAAGUAACACAUAUGCUAACGGGCAAGGCCGUUGCACGGGCGACUCGAUGUCAUUUUCUGCUUGAUACAGCAUUACAUGCAAUACUGAUGUCUAAAUUAUAGACACACAACCGCCUAACAA